AUGGAUUCCCAGAAUCUUUCGAAACACUAUGAUGACAACCAGGAAUCAGAUCACAGCCAGCCGACCCACCACAGUGUCAGGAAGGCAUCACAAUCCUCCUUCCACUCUGGAAAGCAGGAUAACUAUCUGGAAGACAUAAGGAGCCUCGCUGAUGAUCUGGAGCAAACUCCGCUACAAAAAACGAAAGAAGUUCUGGAUCCAGACAAGGAUCAGUUCUCAGAUGGAGAAAGAAGCAGUGCUUCAUUAUACUCAGAUGAAUAUGACAAUGUCUCCCCCUCCGAACACUCUUUCUCGCCAAGAUCCCCCUCCCCUUCUCCACGCAGGGCCAACCGAUCCAGGAGGGUCUCUAGCAGCCCCUUGCAACGAACAGGUGUCCGUAAAGGUAUCUCCCGCCGACCUGGUCCUCAUCCACACGCCCAACGCCGUUCAGGUGGCCUACGCUCCCGUGAUCUGGGCAAAGACAUAACAGGGCCCCCAAAAGACCUGGACUUAGUGACCAGGCAGCUGCUUCCUGCAAAUUUAUUAAAGAUUAGCGAGUUGAAGAACGCCUUGGCUGAACUUCAGCAGCGUAACGAUGAGCUACAGCGGGAGAACCGGCUGCUCCGGCAGCUGCAGCAACGUCACGAGCGUGCACUCCACCGCUACAACGACAUGGAGAGCAAGAUAUCACAGCUACUGGCACAGCACAACAAUGAGACUCACGCGUUGCGAGAGAGACUACGACGCAGCCAGGAGCAACACCGUACAACCGAGCACAAGCUGCGAGAAGCGGACGUGCAGCUCCAGCGCAGCCGCAGCCAGCUGCAGAAGUUGCAGAAGUUGGCUGAUGACCAGCAACUUGGUGACAGGGAAGAGCUGACACGCAAGCUGGAGAGUGCAACAAGGCGUGCACAGGAGAGUGAGCGCAGGGUGAAGGAACUAGAAAGAAACAUGGAGCUGACCAGUGGGAGCUUCCAGAGGCAGCUGGCUAACGAGAGAAGACGAACACAUGAAGCUCAGGAGGAAGUCCAAGCACUACAGGAGGAAAUAGAAAGACUCAGUGCAAAACUAAAGGAGAAGGAGAGGGAGUUGGAUGUCAGGAAUAUCUAUGCUAACAGGAUGCGAAAAGCAACCACCAAAAAAGAGUUAGAAAAUUCAUCGAAGAGAAAAGGUCCCAACAGAAACAUUACUAAAGCCAUCCAAACAGAGCAACACAUGCUGUCUAUAGAGUUCCCUUCCCCUCCCCCUGGUAUCAACGACAGUAAUGAGUUUACCCUAGAAGACGGAGCAGGCGACUACCUCUCACUCAAGGAGAGAGGGAGACAAGGGGAAGAGAAGCAAAGUGUAGAUCAAGACCUCAGCAUGCGUGAAGAGAAGACCAAGAAACUCCGAGAUUCAGAGUGGGAGAAAGGGGAGGUGGACAGGAAGGGGCAUGAACAGUCUGUGCCACAAAAGGAAGAAGAGACCAGGAAGGGAUGUGAACAAGCACAGGAAGAGGAGAAGCCAAGCAGAGGUGAUCGAGAGCUUUUGGCAGCCCGUCAAAGGCGCAUCGAGGAAGAGCGUCGACGUAAAGACCUGCUCUUGGCUAAAAUGGAAGAGAUUGACAACCAAACCAGAGAUUCAGAUAUCUUCUCUGCUGGGCCUGAAGUUGUACCCUCUCCACCCCAGUUCUCUAAUCCACGGAACCAUAGCUCUUCCAUAUUCAGCUUCACAGAGCUGGCUGAGGAUACAAGCGUGAGGCUGGACAGUGGUGGCAGGAGGAAGGGUGGGAGUCUGCGGGCACAGAAAGCCUGUCAGGAGGUAGACCUGGAAUUUGGGAGCUAUACUCCCUCAUUUGGUCAGCCUGCCCGUAGGCCGGGUCUGACCUCCCAAAACCCUAACUCAAACCCAAAAACAAACUCUCAAGGAGAGGUCGAUGGACUGGACCUGGGGGGGCUGGUAAAGGAAAGAAAGUCACGCCUUAUGGAGCAACUUUUUGGCUCCGGCACUUCCAACAACCAGCCUCCUUCACCAGACACCACAAGUAAGAUGGAAGUCCUGAGUCCUCCUCUCGUGGCCAGACAAGCUUCAGGAGGCUUGGGGCAUCGCAGGAAGGAGGCUGAAACACCCUCCGGUUCAAACGCCAGCGCCCACAGGAGCACGCUGCACAUCUCAGAGAGCGGACCGGCCGUCCGCGCCAUCACGUCAUUCGAUGACGAAAUCGAGGAGGUCACUUUGUGA